AGAUGGCACGGAGGGUUAAAGCCAAAUCCACGUCCAUUCGGUCAUCCCGCGGUUCACUGACAGAUCUUAUCGAAGGCCAAAACGAGCAACUUAUCGCGAUGACCGAUGGUGCUAUUUUGAAAUGCCGCAUCACGUACUCUCCCAAAUGUGACAUAGACGCGUCGCUGGCAAGUCAAAACCUGAAAUGCACAUACGUAAAGCUGAUAAAUGCUCGGCACUUGAAGGUAAAGAGCACAAUGCCCGGCACUUACUGUAUACUUCAGUGCGAGAGGUCGGUCGUUCGCACCCUUGUGGUACCCUCACUCACAGAACCGGUUUGGAACUGUGGGUUUCUAGUCGUCAGCAGGCGGAAAUCGAGUGGUGCGAAAGUCAAGAUUCGUGUGCUGGGCGAGGGGAAUGAAUUUCUGGGUCAGACAAGGCUUCAUAUAGAAGAUGUACCCUACCGAGCGCCGGGGGAUAGUUCUGUCGCCGAGAUCACCGAGAAAUGGCGGGAUUUAGAGAAAAAAAAUCACAAACCUACCCCAGAUAGCAGACUGCUGAUCGAAGCGUAUAACAUCGGGUCAACAUCACCGUUACCAGACAACCUGUAUCCUGCAUUGACACCGGAACCUCUAUGUGAGGAACCAGAUACCAAGCUUCGUAUUCAAGAAAGCGUUAGUUCUCUGGCCUUUGCUGUCCGGCCAUCCGAAGCCGAUGGCGUAGGGGUCAACUCAGAGGACAUAUCCUUGAAGAGCUACAGCAGUGAGGAUGAUUUCGAUGGAGAGCCCCCUUUGGAGUCACAACGCAGUUACCCGACGUCCCCAUCACCAACUCCUAAGUUCAUUCGAAGGUCAAUUUCUGGUGCUACAAUCGUGACAAACACAUCGGAUCAAGGAGGAUUAAAGAAUAGAAGGCUCACUCUCGCCCGAUCGCAGUCCCAGUACCCCGUAAAUAAUCACGACAACAGACACGGAAAGCAAUAUAGGCGAUCGUCCUUGGACGAAGGUUCCAUUCAUUCGGGAGAAUUGGUUUCAGGCCCCACCCCUAUGGCGAGCGGUGCCAGCAGCUCUGUACAACAGUCGGCACCGCUGUCAAAAAGUAUCCCACCCAAUAUGUGUGUCUACGUUAAAGUGUGCCAAGCCAGGUCGCUUCCUCAUUGGCCGUUGGGUAGGAAUCCGCGUUCAUUCGUGUCUGUCUCUGUAAGAGAUCGCAAAGCUGCCACCAAGCGUCUGGGAGAAAAGCCAGAGUUUGGUUCUCACUCGCACAUCUCACCGAAGUGGAAUGAAGUUGUGCUAGUGCCUGUAUCAGACAAGGAUGGCACUGUAGACAUCAAAGUUUACACAGAAAUAACUAGCACCGUCAUGCGAGAUAUGUCCAAUGCUGUCGGAAAAGCCAAAUUCCCCAUUAUGUAUCUACCUGUACUUUCGGUGAUGCCGGAUGGUACAGCAGACGAUGUACCUGAUAGCCAUGACACGAAAGGUUCCGUCAAGAAUCAAACCACCCGCUUGCCAAACACACUCUCCCUAACCGUAUCAGAGAAGGGACAUAUAGAGCACGAGGCAUUACAACAAAUUGGUCCUAACAAACCAGCUUCCGAGCCUCUCACUUUGUGGCUGACACUAGAGAAACCCAAGAGGGCGAAUCCUUAUAUGGAGAUGAGAGCCAAACGCCGUUCACAUAACAGUCAUGGUGAAUUGAAAGUACAACUUGGUCUCGUUCCGACACCGGAGGAGUUAUUAGAAAGUCCCGAUUUCGAUAAUCCGAUCGCCGACCCAGGUGAUCCAGAAGGGGCAGUUCCAAUUGAUAUACCAGAGCCACUUGCGAAUAUUAUCCUGGAUGAAACUAUGCCCUGUAGCGCUUCGAAACUGAAGGAGCUCAUUAUUACUGAUGAGAAAAGUAUUUUUUUUACCAAAUAUGCGGACUUUCGCAAGUAUACGGAUCUGUCGAUAGGGUCAUGGGUCGAGAAAGAGGACGGUAAAAUGACACGAGAUGUCGCAUAUACGAUGCCUGCCACUUCAAUUGUCAAAGCUAACACGGCUACUGAAACUCAGAUGCUCACAGUAGAUGAACCCGGAGGAUUUGUCCUGAAUAUUUCAUCCGUUACCCCGGAUGUCCCAUUCGGGACGUCAUUCACUAUCGUCGUUCAGCUUGCGGUGUCUCGUAUUGAUGAUACAUCCUCUACUUUGCGAGUUAGUUCGCAGUGCAAUUGGUUGAAAAAUAUAGGUUUCAUGAAGAAGGCUGUGGAAAAUGGCAGCAAAAAUGGAGUUAAGACAACAUACAUUGAAUGGUUAAGUGUUUUGAAACAACUGCUCAGCGGGGGAAGUAAGGAUAGUGGAAACGAUGACGGUCACGAUAAGUCAUCGGCAGACAAUGGUGGGACUGGCCUUCUUCAACAGGAUUGGUCGACAAUUCUUCUCGCCUUGGGGGCACUGGCGACUUUAUUAUCCAUCGGCUUGAAUGUGUACCUGCUAAACCGUUCCGAUGAUUAAUCUGUUGAUUUGGCACGGCCUGACUGCUUUGAGAAGGGUCCCUGCUGUCGCUGCUUUGUGAAAUCAUCAAUAUUAGGCACCAAGUGAUUAGAGAUGUACUAUGCACAACGCGAGCACAUACAAGACGUGAAAUAACUUGUCAGUCACAACAGGUACAGAUAUUGAAUUGUUCUACGCACGGGCUAAAGAAGUAACGAAAUCUCUCGCAAGGGGGCGUCUGAUCUUUACAAAUCCUGACGGCACGAUGGUAUUUAGCGUGACGUUAUCUCUAAGGAGUAGCUUGCUAGGUGCGAUUGAGUUUGGCUCGUUCCCCUGUAUUUAGCUGACCUUACAAAUGCAUGUGCCAAGGUCUAUCAUCAUUCUGGACACAAUAAUAAAAAUUGUCUGCGCU